AUGCGGGCCAUUGUUUCGGAUUUACAGCGAGCUCUAUUUCAUUUAGAUGAUGAACGUUUAGUAGCAGUGGCUAAUAUUGUUCGCAUCGAUAAUAAAAAGCGCCGGAAGCCAACAUUUCUUUGCUUAGCAGUGACAACAGAUCAACCCAUUUCUGUGCGUUUAUAUUUCGUCAGAAGUGAGAAAGAUGAUUAUUAUAAGAAAAAACGUCAAUUUACAUUACGAGAUGUGAAAACCGUUGAUGGUAUCAAUCCGCGAAAGUUGACUGCAGAAUUUGAGUUGGUUGUCGGAGAUCGUUUGUUUAAACUUUGCGCGUCCACAGCAGAAGACAAAGAUUCAUUCAUUAAACAGCUAUAUAAGUUUGCGAAUAAAUAUCUCCCGGUACAGAAGCCAGAUUUCGUAAAUGUUCCGAUCCCGGUUGAAACACCUUAUACAGCUAUUACAGUAGAGCAUAUUGAUGAUGACGCUGACGAGGGACUAGUCGAUUAUCAGCCAAUAUCUGCGAAAGAAGAAGCUGAUUUUCGUCGACUACUGGAUCGCGCAAAUCUCACGAUUGGCGAAGCAGAUAAAUUUGCAGCAGUUCUUGCGUCGCAGCUUCAGCUCUUAGAUGGAGCUAAUAUACAGUCUAUUAUGGAUAGUGAAGUUGCUGUUAACGACCUGAUCACACUUAUUGAAGGUGCUUUAGAAGAGGCUGACUUUUUGGAUAAAGAGCUUGAUAGCUUUGAUGAACUACUUUAUCAUGUUCGCGAUAGCGUUGAACUAAUCGAAGAAAAAGAUAGUUUGGGAUGUGUUGAGCGCAAAAAUUCCCGCAUCUUGAAGGAUUAUUUAUCAGAAUUAAUAUCUGUAAUCGAUAUUGUCAGUGAAGAUCACAUUCAUGCAUUGCAAAAUGCAAACUUAUCCGAUCCCAUCAGUAUCAGCCGUUGUUGUGCUGCAGCACGUGCUUUGCAAGCUUAUUCAGCAACUAAAGUUGAUCCUUCAGUGCAUUUAAUGGUGGCAUAUAAAGAAAGAACUGACCAGUUAAAUCAGUCAACUGAUCGUUUCAUCGAAAAAUUAAUGGCACAUAUGUCUGCAUUGUUUUCAAAUUUGGUGCGAUUUAAGUUAGCCCAUGAUAACGAUUUGAUUGAAGUAUCAGAUUGGCACGGAAUUGUUUUAAGAAAACAAUCUGAACGAUUCCACGCUCUUCGCCCAUUUUCGGAUUUGAUGGGUUGGUUGAAAUCGGUCAGAACAGGUGCCUAUCAAACACUUAUUCAGCGAUAUGUCCAGAACACAAAAUUGAUAUAUAAAAGCGAAUUUGAGCGCUUUUUUGACAACUUAAAUGGUGAGCUUAACAAAAUUGCUGCCUCUGAACGUAAAGCUACUUUACGUAGUACUGAAAUGAUAAAGUCUAUGACAGAAGUGGUGUCUGAUAGAAUUGAUUCGAAAGAAAUUAUCAGAUUGGUCGAGAUCGUCUUAGGUGAAGUCGGCCCCAUAGUCGAGUCUGAACAGAAAUUUUGUACAAGGUUUUUUCAUAUGGCUAGUGAUAUGUUAACUGCAUUAGAGACUCAAUCUACAUCUAGUGGAGAUAGUGGCAAUAUUGGUAAAAGUGUUGAGAAACAAAUGGCUGAUCAAGUGCGUGCUGUUUUAUCUCCAAUGUUCGAAUAUUUACAUGACCAUUUCGAUAAAUUUGUUAAAUCCUGUUGUCAGCUAGAGCCAUCAUUUAUUUUCGUGAUGUUUGUUUUCUUAUCGAGAAAAGCUCUUUCUUUACAAGAUGCAUCUUCCUAUUUCUCUGUAAUGGUAUUUGGACGACUGGUUGUGCUGGUUAAAAGACAUAUGGAUGCUUAUUUGGAUAAGAAAUCACACAAAUUAUCUGAAGUUAGAUUUUCGAAAAGGACACGAAUUGGAAUUUUAGAAAAUGUCGACCAGUUUGCGGAGUUAGCUCGUACAACACAGGCAGCCUUUGCUGAAACUGAUCGUCGAACUGACCUAGAUAGAUGGUAUACACAGUUAAUUACGUCUUUGAAAAAUGGGAUUGAGCGUGCUGCUGAUUCGCCAUUUUCGAAGUCUCCACCUGCAGUUGUUCGAUUCGAGAAUUAUCAUCAUUUGUACUCAGUUUUGUCUGAGCUUAAAAUUGAUUGUCUUGAUGCGUAUCGCAAAGAAGCGAAAAAAGCAUACCAGGAUAAUAUACAAAUAUAUGUGAAGGAUCUUAUGGGUAGACCACUCGAAAAAAUACAUACUUUCUUUGAAUCAGUGGAGGACGCUAUUCGACAAGGAGUAAAACCAGAGGAAAUAGCUUUUCAUCAGCAGUUCAGUCGGUCAGAAUUAAAGAAGGUUAUCUCACUUUAUCCUGAAAAAGAAGUCAAAAAAGGUCUGGAACAGUUAUAUAGAAAGAUAGAAAAGCACCUCACUGAAAGUUCUUCUUUACUGCAAGUGGUUUGGAGAAACAUGCAGGAUGAAUUCCUGAAACAGCUGAAGCAUUAUAACGAAGUAAUGGGAAACUGCUAUCCGAAUUCACGAAUUGAUCUUGAAGUAUCUAUCCAAGACGUGCUUAGUUAUUUUUCGCAGAUUGCGAUGCAACAUUGA